GCAGUGUCUCUGCUCUACUAAACAAAAGUUUCAACAAACGCAUUUUUAAUAAAUAAAAAACGAAAUUCUAAAUCAAAGAUGAUCACAUGCCGAAAAUAUCUUGGAGAAGGACUAUGCCAACUGUCAAACCAACCACUGAAACAACUUCGUUUUUUGGCCUCCCCUUCCGCCAAGCCCAUUGGUUCCGAAAGCUCCACCACAUUUGAACAAGAAUGGCAGGCGGCCAAACCUUAUGCGGAAGUUCCCACAAUGGGCCUCUUGCGAAUGUUAAGAAAUUUUCUGCCCGGUGGUAAAUUUGCCAAACUUGAUGUUGCCGAUAUGAUAAUGGUAAUGAGAACAGAACUGGGUCCGAUAUCAAAAAUGAAGGGGACUUUCGGUAGACCUGAUUCAGUAUUCACACAUAGUCCACAAGAUAUAGAAAAGCUUUUGCACAAUCAAGGUAUAUGGCCACUAAGACCUGGCUCGGAAGGCUUAAGCUAUCAUCGCAACAAUCAUCGGAGUGAAUUCUUUCAAGGUGUUGAAGGACUGAUAGCUUCAAACGGCGAAAACUGGGGUUCAUUUAGAUCUACAGUAAAUCCAAUUUUGAUGCAACCUAAAAAUGUGCGAUUAUAUCUGCAGAAAAUGUCCACAGUGGGCAAGGAGCUUUUAAAUAGAAUAUUGGAAAUUCGCGACCCCAACACUUAUGAAGUUCCCUCAAAUUUUGAGGAAGAAUUAAAUCUUUGGGCCUUAGAAUCCAUUUCGAUAGUGGCACUUGAUAAGAAACUUGGCCUGCUAUCCAAAAAUCGUGAUAACGAGGAAGCCAAAAAGCUUUUUAAGCUGAUCACAGAAUUCUUUACUCUUUCCGUGGAUAUAGAAUUCAAGCCACCAAUAUGGAAAUAUUACAAAACCAAGACAUUCAAUAGACUCAUGGAGACCUUGGAUGGUAUGACAGAUAUAUCAAGGAAAUAUGUGAACGAGGCCAUUCAACGCAUAGAGGAGGAUCGCAGCCAAGGAGUGCCUGAGAAGCCCGAGAGUGAGCAGAGUGUUUUGGAGAAAUUGAUUACAAUCGAUAAGAAAAUAGCCACCGUCAUGGCCAUGGAUAUGCUAAUGGCAGGAGUGGAUACGACCACCUCUACAUUAACCGGAAUUAUGCUAUGCCUCUCCAAGAACCCAGAAAAGCAGGCCAAACUACGCCAAGAGAUCAUGCAAGUGUUACCCCACAAAAAUUCCGAUUUCGAUGAGUUGGCCUUUAAUAAUUUGCCCUAUUUGAGAGCCUGCAUUAAGGAGUCCCUGCGUUUUUAUCCUUUGGGUUUUGGUAAUGCUCGCAUCAGUGUAACCGAUAUGGUGCUUAGUGGUUAUCAAGUACCCAAGGGCACAAUGGUUGUUGUAGUUAAUAUGUCCAUGCUGACCAAUGAUGAGUUUUAUCCUCGGGCUUCGGAAUUUUUGCCCGAGAGAUGGUUGAGAACGCAUAAAGAUGAGACGACAGUAUGUGGUAAUUUGUCUCCCCAGGACCUAAAACCUAGAAAUCCUUUUGUCUAUUUUCCUUUUGGUUUUGGUGCUCGUUCUUGUAUUGGUCGCCGCAUAGUGGAAAUGGAACUGGAAUUGGCUGUAGCUCGUUUGGUACGAAAUUUUCAUAUUGAGUUCAAUCAUUCCACAGAGAAUGCUUUUAAGAGUCUGUUAAUUAGAGUUCCCAAUAUACCAUUGAAAUUUAAAUUUACCGAUGUUGAAAAAUAAAUUUGAAAUAAAUAUUAAAAAAAAUAAAUAAUCUGAAAAUUUUAA